AUGGAUUAUGAUGAUGAUAUCAAUAACAAUCAUGCUAAACUAGCCGGCAGUGAUACGGAUGCUCAAGGGUUAUCUGAACAGCCGAUUUUAACCUUAUCCAAUCGUCGAACGACGCGUCGAAUCAUGGGUGGUACACAUGAAUCAAUGUCUUCGGCGAGUCUAAACGAGCCCGAUCCAAACGUCUUCCUCAUCUCUUCUGAUACCAACUCGCAUAAUACGAUACGGAAAACGAAACAUGAUGUUAAACGUUUUGUUAUGUACAUAGAUGAACAAUUCGGUGAACAAAUAUCUUUACAUACGAUAGCAGCGGAUGUGCUUUGUAAUUACCUGAAACAUUACUUUGAAAAUACGAAGAAAUUCGAUGGAACGCAGUAUGAACCAGAUACAUUGAGAAGUUUUCUUUUGAGCAUUGAACGUUAUUUAAAAAGUAAAAACUAUCCGUAUAACCUGAUGGAAUCGCCAUUUUUUCAACCGUGUCGGCAAGUAAUUAUGAAUAAACGAGAAGAAUGGAAACGUUUGGGUGGAAUGAAUCAAACCAAAGCACCCGUAUUUGCAUCGAUCAAUACUCAAAGUUUGACCGUAUUCGAUCGAACAAAGCCCGACGGGUUAUUACUUGAAAUGUAUGUUCAUAUAACAAAAUUAUGUCAGUUAUCCGUUACACAAUUGCUCUGGGGUGAUAUUUUAUUAGUUGAGGAACAAUAUCUUAUUUAUCAACAAGAUAAAAUCGAAAAUCCGUCAUUUAGACUUUAUGCUACACCACAUCAAUUAUCAACGUGUCCAGUGCAAGCCUAUCGCCUUUAUGCAACUCACCGGCCACCUCAAUGCAAUACGCCGCAAUCGCCGUUCUUUCUCACUCCACGCUCGACGAAUGCUCAUCAUGUUUGGUAUAAAACAACAGCAGUCGGUAAAAAUCUUGAACAGAUACUUCAAAAAGCUAUCCAACAUGCCAAUAUUCUGAAACAAACUUCGUCAUCCUCAUCCUCAUCAUCACCAAACGUGAUCAAACCACCAUCAACGUCAAGUCCCAAUGGGAAACGAACCGAACCGCCGACCAAUUUCUUUCCACUAGCAAAACGAAUCUCAUCUUCCGUCCAACCAUUGAAUCUCUCAGUUGCUUCCAAUAUCGAAGAAGACAGUGGCACCUCGUCAUCCUCUCCGACCAACUCAUUCUCACAUGAACUAAUACCAGUUGAUACUUGUAAAUCUACUCCCAUCUGGGAUGAGAGUGUCACGGAUAUCUUAUUAACCGUCGCUAAACAACGUGAUACUCGAACGGCAAAGAUCAAUACGCUUCGAGCGUACCUCGAGGAAAAAUUAGGCUUCGUCGAAUUCUUAUGUCUCUAUCGUGGUUUUAAAUCUGAACCAAAAUUAACAUUUCAUCAAACACCAUGGGAACAUUAUCAACGUUUUUUACCUGUUCUUUUUACAUUACUUACACUUGACAAUACAACAGUUUGA